GCGGGCCUCUUGACCUCGGUGGACAGCACGGCCGUCGGCAGCGGGGUGGCCGCGCUGACGCUGUGGCAGUGGAAGGCGAGCGUCGCCUGCCGCCUUUGCCGCAGCGGACCGAGCAAGAUGACGAUGCUUGAGAUCGGCCUGAUGAUCCUCAUCCGUGUCAGGAAGAUACCGAGUUGCAUCGGAGAGCUCGUGAGAAGGUUCCUUAUGGGCGUCGCGCCACAAUCGCUGGAGGCCGGUGUGGGGCGCGACAUUCUGCCCCUGCCAGUAAGGAAGCCGGCAUCUCUGAUCGCCGGGGAACGAUAUAUGAUAUUGCGAGCCCUGUUAAGUAGUAAAGGAUCCCUAGUGCGCACGACGAAGUGGACGCCUACCGUGGGCAGACAGGCCCAGAACAUGGCAGUCCAGACCUGGACCUGCCUGAACGUCAUGGGCCUGAACUACUUGCACCUGGGCCACCUGAGCACGAACAGAUGGGAGGCCGUUGGUCGCUUCUCUGAGGCCCCAGCCGCCAGCCUGCGCGUGAUCGGCGAGACGAUCGACUGGCACGUGGGCGACGCGCUGGCCCAGGACUGCAGGGCCCUGGCGCUCAAGUUCGGGGAGCUCGAGCCCAGCCUGCCCAAAGCCAAGGACAUCGGCCGCAUGGACGUCCUGGACUACGUCAAGCCAGAGCUCGUAGAGCUGCCCACCAAGCCC